GUUUUUAUUUUCAGUGGAAAAAGGGAUCUGGCGCUGCACCCAGAAAAGCCCUCAACUCUGUAGCUGUGUCCCUCUUCCUCUCUGCCUCUCUUCCACUCCCCGCUAAGCCCACAUUUCGUCGCUCUCAUUCCGGCCAUCUCUCUCUCUCUCUCUCUAUCCGUCGCUGCUGCUGAAGAGAAACUGUGCUUCCACGGUCUGGCUUCCCAGAAGGAGCAGGGAAACCUAUAGCGCCACAGGUAAGAAGGUGAAGAAGAAGAAGAGAUGGAGGAGAAGCAUCUAUUGCUCCUCUUCAUCUCGGUCUCGCUGCUGGCGGGUGCCGCCAUGGCGAAGUCUACCAUCGAGCCGUGCACGGGGACGGAUGCCUGCCCCGCGCUGCUGGGCUACACCCUCUACGCCGACCUCAAGGUCGCCGAGGUGGCCGCCCUCUUCCAGACAGACCCCGUCGCCCUCCUCGCCGCCAACGCCAUCGACAUCGCCGUCCCCGACGCCGAGAACCACAUCCUCCCCGCCGGCCUCUUCCUCCGCGUCCCCGCCUCCUGCUCCUGCUCUGGCGGCAUCCGCCGCUCCAUCUCCACCAGCUACACGGUCCGCCCCGCCGACACUCUCGGAUCGAUCGCCGGCUCCGUCUACGCUGGCCUCACGUCCCCCGACCAGAUCCGGGAGGCCAACGACAUCCCCGACCCUGCCGACCUCGACGCCGGCAGCACCCUCGUCAUCCCCCUCCCCUGUACCUGUUUCAACUCCACCGACAACUUCCUCCCUGCCAUUUACCUCUCCUACGUCGUCCAACAGGGCGACUCUGUGCCGGCCAUCGCCGCCCGCUACGCCACCACUGUGACAGACAUUAUGACCGUGAACGCCAUGGCGAGCCCUUCGAUCCGGCCAGGGGACAUACUCGCCGUACCGCUGCCAGGAAAAGGGCACCAUCAAAGGACACACCUGUGUAAGAAUUAUAAUCCAAAAGUUUUGGUCAAUAAAUGGAUAAAAAGUAAAAGCCUUGCUUUGCUUGGGCGAGUGCGUGGCACCUCAGCAUGUGCUUCAAUGUUUCCCAAUAGCGCCUCGGAUUAUGGUAUGAUUGUGGCUAAUGGGACUUAUGCCAUUACUGCUAGUCACUGUGUCCAAUGCAGUUGUGGGCCAGGAAAUCUCAAUUUGUACUGCACACCAGCCUCCCUAGCAGUAUCAUGUUCGAGCAUGCAGUGUAGUAACAGCAAUCUUAUGCUUGGAAAUUUCACUUCCCAACAAACUAGUGCUGGUUGUAGUGUCACUUCUUGUAAUUAUGGUGGCUUUGUAAAUGGGUCUAUUGUCACUAGGUUAACCACAUCUCUUCAACCUCAGUGUCCAGGAAAACAUCAGUUUCCUCCAGUGAUACCCCCACCGACAACAGUACUGCAUGAUUCGUUUCUUGUUCCAUCACCAUCGCCAGCCCAAGCUGGUGGUACAGUUACAAAUCCAAGGUCUUCGGUGCCUGGAACAUUUGGCCUCUCUGGUAUUGCUCCUGCCUCUGGUCCUGCUGGAAGCACAUCUGAGGCUUCUAUCGUUAGUCCAUUCUGCUGUAUUUUAUGUUUGUUUGCCUUUUCUUUGGUUCAUUUCAACUUCCUAUAUUAAAUUGUUGUUUUUUUUUUUAAAUUUAAUCUGUCAGUACUGCCGUGUCUUGGUCCACUGGCGAGCUUGUAUGAUGUAUCUUAACUUUCCAAGACCUAAUUUUUUGCAUGUAGCUGGAACA